GUGACGCCUGAACGUGGGCGGGGCCCACGGCAGGAAAUCGCCCUGCGGCGGGACGGAAGCGCGGUGGAGUUCCGCUUCCGGCUAAGGUUCGUUCUCUUUCCGUUCAGCCGAGGAGGUGGCCGCAGGACCGCGUGGAGGGUGACAUUCAGCUGCCACGAUGCAGAUUUUUGUGAAGACCCUGACAGGCAAGACCAUCACCCUAGAGGUGGAGCCCAGUGACACGAUUGAGAAUGUCAAGGCGAAAAUCCAAGAUAAAGAAGGUAUCCCUCCCGACCAGCAGCGUCUGAUCUUCGCAGGGAAGCAGCUGGAAGAUGGGCGCACACUCUCGGAUUACAACAUCCAGAAAGAAUCGACCCUUCACUUGGUGCUGCGUCUCCGAGGAGGGAUCAUCGAGCCUUCUCUCCGCCAGCUUGCACAGAAGUACAACUGUGACAAGAUGAUCUGCCGCAAGUGCUACGCCCGCCUGCACCCCCGUGCUGUGAACUGCCGCAAGAAGAAGUGUGGCCAUACCAAUAACCUGCGCCCCAAGAAGAAGGUCAAGUAAAGAGCCCGGCGGGGGCCAUCUCUUCCCACCUGGCUUCAGCGCUCUGUCUCAAGGCUCGUAGCCGUUUCUGCCUGUUAGAUUAAAACUUUCCGUGCACCAUG